AUGAAAUUUAAUAAUAAAGAAUUUUGGUAUUAUUUCAAAUGCUUAAUUGAUAUUGCUCUAUCAGCGAUAAUUUAUGGUUAUUCAAAAGAUUCUUUUAUAGUAACUAUCAAUACAAUUACAAUCUAAUUGUUAGGUAUAAUAUUAUCGCCUUGUAUUGCAAAGAAAUUUGGAAGAAAAAAGAGAAAAUAUUUGCAAAUUAUAAUGUUAUUUGCUUAAUUGAUUCAAAUAUUUUAUUGUUGCUUUUAUUUUAAAGAAAUUUUGAGAUACGGAUAUCUGUUAAUUAAAUUUUAUGAGAAGCAAUUGAUAGAUAUUUUAUAGAAGCAAUUUAGUUUCAUAAGUAUAAUAGCUUUGAAUGCUCUUUAAUUAUUUUUGAUGAUAUCUUGGAAUGAAUAAGGAGUUACUUAUUUUUCAGUAGGUUAUGCAACAAUGUUGAUUUUUAAAGAAAAACAACAUGCUAUAAAAAAGAAAGAGAAAAUUAAGUUAGAAGAAAUAUCAAAUAUAGGUCUGAAACCUAUAAGAAAUUAAACUAGAUAAUCAUUAUUAAUUAAUCGAAUAAGUGAAUCUGUUAGUUUAAAAUGGAUGAAUAAAUUAUAAAAUUUUCCUGUAGGGAUUGUAAUAGUUAAAAAGGAAAAUUUAGAAAUAUUAUUUGAAAAUGACCAAUUAUUAUAAAUUUUUGAAGCUGAAAAUGACAUAGGGAAAUUUAUAUUAGAAAAUGUGGAAUGCACAAUAGUUUAAAAGAAAAAUUAUUUUAUACAUUAAACAAGCAUAGUUUUAGAGAAAAAUGGUUUAUUAUAAGGUUCAGGUUCAUUUAAUGUAACAUAAUAAAAAAUUUAAACUAAAAUCUUCACAAUAAAAUAAAUCUUAAAUUUAUUAAAUUUAGGUCAAUUAGAAAAAUUUAAAACACGCGAUGAUUAAUUAGAAUUAUCAGCGACAUUUUGUAAAGGUAAUGAUGCAUUUUUUGAAGAGAGAAAUCUAUUAUUUAAAAUUUCAUCUGCAUAGGAUGAAAAUGAAUAUUUAAUAAUAAUAUAGGAUAUAACAUUGUAAACUAAUUUCAAAAAGAUUGAAACAAAAGAAUAAUUCAUAGUAAAAAUGGUAGAUUCUUUUUCACAUGAAUUAAGAACACCAUUAAAUAGUGCAGAAUUAUUUUUAUAAGGUUUAAGUUAAACAAAUCAAUUACCUUAAUAAUUAAAAGAGAAUUUUAUUGAUCCUGCUAAAAAUUCAUUAAGAUUAUAAGCUUAUAUAAUAAGAGAUAUAAUUGAUUUCACAUAAUUUAAUUAGAAGAUGAUAAAAUAUGAUUUUUCAGAUUUUAAUUUUGUAGAUAUCAUAUAAGAAAUUAAUGAUUUAUUUAAACUAAUUUUUUAGCAUAAAAAAAUAGGAUUGCAUGUAAAUGCUUAGAGAUCAAUUCCAACAGUGAUAAAAUCUGAUUAUUAUAGAAUAAUGUAAAUUUUAGUGAACAUACUUUAAAAUUCAGUUAAAUUUAGUUCUAAAGGUUAAGUUGAAGUAGUUAUAUAAGGUUUUGAUGGUUAUGUAUUGUUUAGUAUAUAAGAUUAAGGUUAAGGAAUAGAACCUGCAACAUUAUCAAAAAUACAAUAGAAUUUACAAGAUUUUGCAUUAAAUAGAAGUAUAUCAUAAUAACAUGAAUGGUAAGGUUUAGGACUAUUGGUAAGUUAAAUGAAUUUAAUAACAUUGGCUCCUUAAAAUAAAUCUUAUCUUUAAAUUAAUUCUAAGGGUUUGAAUUAAGGUGUUGAAGUAAAAUUUAGAAUAAAAACUCAAACAUAAGUUUUUACUUAAUAAUUAGGUCAAAAUAAAACAUUUAAAAGAGGAUCUUUAUCAACACCUAAUACAGUACCUGAUUUAAGUGAAGGUUUAUAAGGUAUAAUAAAUUAAUUAUAUAAGGUUUAUUAAUAAUUACUAAUGCAGAACCUACAAAUUCAUCUUUUAAAAAUAUACCUGUAAAAGAACUUCCAUCAGUAGCUGAUUAUUUUGGAAAAAGUUCGAAUCAAAUUUUAGGAAUUUAAGGUUAAAUAGAGACAGAUCUAUAAAUAUAAGGUAUUAAAUCAUUAUAUAUCAGUAUAUAGAUUCCGAUAGAUUUGGUUUAACUCAUCAACUUAUAUAAAUACAAUCUAAUUUUAAUCCAAAAUUUUUAAAUAAUAAUAAACAUAGACAUAAUUCACUUGCGUCUAGAAUGUAAUAAAGAAAUGAUGAUUAAAGUUAAUUAUAAUAAAACUUCAGCAAAGUUAAAUUUAAAUUAAAAUGUCAAUGUUAAAGAGCAUUAUCAGUUGAUGAUGAUUCUUUUAAUUAAAAAGCACUUGAAAUGAUUCUUGGAUAAAUGGGAUUUGAAAUAUAACUUGCAUAUAAUGGUUAAUAGGCUAUAGAUAUUGUAAAAUAAGCUAAAAAAUGUGAUGAAGAUUGUUAACUAUAUGUAUUUAUAUUAAUGGAUUGUUAAAUGCCAAUUUUAGAUGGAUGGUAAACAACAAAAAGAUUAAGAAAUAUGAUGAGCGGAAAAAUCAUUCCAUCAAUUCCUAUCAUAGGAUUAACAGCCUUUAAUGGUUAAUAUGAAAUAGAAAAAUGUUAUGAAAGUGGAAUGUAAACAGUGUUAACUAAACCAUUGAAUAUUGAUGAUCUCAAAUAAGCAUUGAUACGCAUUUAUAAGUUUGUAUUAUGA